UGUAUAUUAGUUUAUCACACACUAACACUCACGCUCCUAUUCUCGCUUCACCUCAGCUGAGAUUACAAUUUACAAUCCAAUUUUGUUCUUGAUUUCUCUCUCUAAAAUAAGGGGAAAUUUUAUUUGCAUUUGUUCUCUGUCUAUGUAAAGCAGGCUCAGUCGAGGAAAUAAAUCUUUGGAUGCAGCUUUAAUGGAGGAUUUGCAAAGAAGAGGGACAGUGGGUGUGUUGGAUUUGGCUUCGAGAAGGGCUGAAGAAGCAGCAUUGAGAAGAUAUCAAGCAGUACAUUGGCUUGAUUACCUGGUGGGGCCGCUGGGAAUACCAAGCCAGCCGUCAGAGAAACAGUUUAUCUCUUGUUUGAGAAAUGGGCUAGUCCUUUGCAACAUAAUCAACAAAGUUCAACCUGGCUCAGUUCCGAAGGUCAUAGAGAAAACUACACCUUUACAAUCACUACCAUGGGAUUCCCAGCCAUUGCCAGCAUACCAGUACUUUGAGAAUAUUCGGAACUUUCUAGUGGCUGUGGAAGAACUGAAGCUUCCAAUGUUUGAUGCUUCCGUUUUUGAAAGGGAAAAUUUGGUUGAAGGGUCAUCUACUAAGGUUGUUGAUUGUAUUUUGGCGCUAAAAGAUUACCAUGAGUGGAAGCAAAUGACAGGAGGCUUUGGAGUUUAUAAACCACCCAGAUCACCUCUAAUUUUGAAUUCAGCUGGUAGAAUUUGUCCGAGAACUCCAAGUGCAGUUUCUUCCAACAGUUCCAGGCAAUUAGACAUGACAGGAGGCAACAACAAACCAAUGCCAUCAGAGAGUGAUAUUAGGAAAGUCGAAGAUACUAUUGUCAAGGUUCUUGCUGAACAUAUGGUUGGCUCAAAGGAAAACAUAGAUAAUAACCUUGUUGCUUUGUAUCGUAGUGGGAAGGUGAAUCCGGCGAAUUUCCUCAGCAAGAUUCUAUCAAGUUUUGAGGAACAAUUCCGAAAAAAAUAUCCUGAGGUGAAAUUCAGCAUGGGUCAUUUAAGAGAAAGAAGUUGCUCACAGUUGCAUGCCAAGUCCGUUCCGCUUGCUGAUUUGUCAAAUUUAGAAAACCGCAAGUGUUGCAGAGCUUGCUUGAAGAAGGGUAAUUGUAACCACUGGAAUCUAGUAAAGCAGCAAGAAGGCGAACUUUUGAACAUCAAACACUUGUUGUCAAGUGCCAAGCAAGAGGCUAAAAGCCUGCAAGCUCAGAUUCAAAGUGAUUUGAAACAACUUGGAGAUCAAGUGCUUGAAAUGUCCUCCGCUGCUCUCGGUUAUCAAAAGGCUGUAGAAGAAAACCGGAAACUAUACAACAUGGUUCAGGAUCUGAAAGGAAAUAUUCGAGUUUAUUGUAGAAUUAGACCUGUAAGUCCUGAGGUCCAAAACGUUGUUGAUUUCAUUGGAGAAGAUGGGUCUCUAGUGGUUGUAGACCCGAAACCUCUAAAAGAUGGCAAGAGAAUUUUCCAAUUUAAUCAUGUCUUUGGCCCUACAUCCUCUCAAGAUGAGGUUUUCCAAGACACGCAAUCUCUGGUUAGAUCUGUAAUGGAUGGUUACAAUGUCUGUAUUUUCGCUUAUGGUCAAACUGGAUCAGGCAAAACACAUACUAUGUACGGCCCUCCAGGUGGAUCAACGAAGGAGUGGGGAAUUAGUUAUUUGGCUCUGAAUGAUCUUUUUAAGCUUUCUGAUCAAAGAAGGGACCUAACCAAAUACGAAAUUCAAGUGCAGAUGGUUGAGAUAUACAACGAACAAGUUCAUGAUCUUCUAGCUGAAGAUUCGGGCGUUAAGAAAUUAGAGAUUAGGAGUUGUAUGAGUGAAAAUGGCUUGGCUCUUCCAGAUGCAACAUUGCGUCCUGUGAAGUCGACAAUGGAUGUCAUAAACUUGAUGAAGCUUGGUGAAACGAGACGUGCUAUUGGUUCCACGGCAAUCAACACUAGAAGUAGUCGUUCACACAGCGUAUUGUCUAUCCAUGUCUAUGGCAUAGAUGCAUCCGGAAGCAUGCUUCAAAGCUGUCUCCAUCUGGUGGAUCUGGCAGGCAGUGAACGGGUGGAUAAGUCGGAAGUAACAGGCGAUGGACUCAGAGAAGCACAGCACAUAAACAAGUCUCUUUCUUGUUUGGUUGAUGUUAUCACAGCCUUGGCUCAGAAAAACUCCCAUAUUCCCUACAGAAACAGCAAGCUCACUUUACUUCUUCAGAAUUCUUUAGGAGGAAAUUCCAAAACCUUGAUGCUUGCUCACGUGAAUCCAGAAGGUGAUUCUUUUGGAGAGACGAUGAGUACAUUAAAAUUCGCACAGAGGGUCUCAACAGUAGAGCUUGGUGCAGCUCGUGCAAAUAAAGAGAGCAGUGAGGUAUUAGAGCUCAAAGCACAGAUAGAAAGCCUUAAAAAGGCAUUGGGUAACAAGGAAAUCAAGACUCCUCCAACGAAGAAAGUAACAGAAGCUGUGAGAGCAACAUCGGAGAAAGCUAAACAAAUGACUGAACGAACACCUCCACGUCUCAGAAGAUUAAGCAUCGAAAAUGGAUCCUACAUGGCACUGGAGAAGUUUACAAAUCAUGAUGACAGAAGGGCAGCAAAAACUCCUACCGCAAAGCCUAAACAGACUGAGAGAACGCCUCCUCCAAGGGCGAGAAGGUUAAGUAUCGAAAAUGGCACCACAGUAACAGCAGGUGUAUCCAUGAAUCAUGAGGAGAAGAAGGGAGCCAAGACCCCUCCUACAAACAGUCGUUCACGAAGAUUGAGUCUAGAAGGGCCGAGGAACAUGCAGAAGGAUUCCAACCACAUGAAAUCACCAGAACCAAUAACCAAGAUCUCAAAGCCAGAAGAAAAAAGUCAGCAAAAUCACUGCCAGCUUGAUCAAAGGGCGCCUCGUAGUCCAAUAAGUUAUUCUCUGAAAACCCCCGUGAUCAAGGUUGAUACAGCAAAAAUGAGGGUGUUUCCCUUACAAACACCCAAGACACCUGAACCGCAGAUAAAAUCAAGGAACGAGAUCCAGAGACCGCUGCCAACUGACCGUGGCCUCAGCCAAACACCUUCCAUGAAUCAUGGAAAAGGAUCCCAGAUAAGAAAGUCUCUUCGAACUAUUGGGAAAUUCAUCAAUGGCUCAGAGAAGAGGAACCAACAGAAACCAACAGAAGCAAUGACACCAUUCAAUGUCACAGGCAUGAUGCAUGACCUGAAGUCUCCAACUUCAUCUAAUGCAAGGGCCUUGAGGAGGCAGUCAUUGACAAGCAUACAACCACCAGAAAGAUCUAGAAGAUCUUCGAUUGGGGGCGUUCCAACCGAUUCUUAUGGAAAUGAGAGUAGAAAUGCCAAGACACCCCCUCAAGUUCGAGCUUCGGCAAAGUUAACGAAACGCUGGCUUUAGAUAGCUAGGAAGAAAGUACGUAGAUUUUGCUUUGACUCGAAGCAAAGCAGGAGAACUUUGGACAUAAUUUUACAGAAGUUCAAGAUUUUAUGCUUGACAAGUUUGUAGAAUUCUUGUACAGAAAACUGAGGAAGAAAAAUGGAUUCUUGAUUGACAAAGGAUGCAAUAAUUGCCAUUGACUAUGAGAUUUAAAUGAGAAACUAGAUACCAUUUCUUCAUUACAUUUGGCUGAAUUUCUUGAUAUUUAUUUAUUGUAGUAAGAGAAAUUACCAAUAAUAUAUGUAUGUACCCAAAUAGAAAUUUAACUGAGUUGAAUGUAGCCACAAUUUUUUUUAUCCA